AUGCGAUUGACUGUGUUUCAAUUAUGUCCACAAUUGAAAAUAUUUAAAGUAAAUUGUCAUACAAAAUAUAAUAUUCAUUCAAUGAUUAAAGCUCAAGACUGGGAGAAACAUUUAAGUCAUAUGAAAACAUUGAAAAAAAUCGAAAUUAAUGUGCGUGGUCUUCAUGAUGGAGAAGUUAUUGAUCUAUCAAAAUAUGAAACAACAUUUUGGAAAUAA